CACUCCUGCAUUUAUUUUUUAGCCUCCAUAAAAUUUUAGAUAUUCUAAGAAGUGAAGCAACUGGUAAGAGCUAAUGGACUCCACAAGCUCCUCCAAAAUCUCCACCGCCACCUCCUUCCGACGGCCGUCCAAUCGCCUCCUCUAUGAUCGCCGUUACGGUUGGGUGUUUGAUGAAUGGAAAGAACCCUCAGAGGAAGCUCUAGCUGGUGGCCGGGGAAUGUUCUGCAUAUUGCCUCUGGCAAAAGCUUUCCUGAAUACUGCUACGAACUCGAUUAAUCUUGCAGCAAAUUUUGCUGUCAAAGUUUUUGAAAGGCCAGAUCUUUUCUCCCCUCAGGCACUGCAGGCAAAUCUUGAUGAGCAGCUUAAAAAAUUCAGUUCUUCCUUGAAAACCCCAGAAAUCAACAUUUUUGCUCUCAAUGUAAAGAAUUCAUCGAAAACCUCCACCUUCCCGUCACAUCUACAAGUAGGAACCACAGAAUCAGAUAUGACUUGAAGUGUGUAAACUUCACUUCCUAUAAUUUCAUGUGAAUCUUCUUUAUAUUUUUUCAGGUCUUUGAUGGAUUUAUAUGGAUUUUCAUGUAUGAAACACAAUAUUGUUGGCUUGUAACAACACUACAUUUGAUAGAUGAUGAAUCUGUUCACGUACAAUAAUUUUCAGCCAA